AUGAGCACGCGUAUGGUGAUCGUCGCUUUUUGGGCCUUCAUCCUUGUCGGUCUACCAUUUUGGUGGAAAACUACAGAAGUCUAUAGAGCAAACCUUCCUCUAAACGAAAUAAAAGCUUGGCAAGAAGACCAAUCACCUCGCCUUGAACUUCCCAUUACGUUCAUUGUCCAUUCAGCCAUCGAUGUCACUCGUUCUUUACAAGAUCGGCUAUCGGAGAAGACACAAAUAAUAGCAUCAUGUGCAAUAUUCCCUGUGCAGGUCAAGUGGCAAUAUUGGACACAGGAAAAAGAUGAUAAUGUAGAGGAAUUACUGACGAGGCACAACGACAUGUCCUUUGGCCAUUAUCACAUUUAUGCAUCUUCAUCGCCAUCAUCAUCCUCAGCCGUACCUUGCAACAUCACAGUGGGCAAUACACGCACAAGCCAUGUACAAGUAGCAGACAUGUCACAAGAAAGCAUUGCCGAGGCUGUCAUGAAACUCUUUGAUUCAGCAUUUGUCGAAGAAUACAAGCAUCUAGAUCAAAUGGCAUGUGGCACAAGAGAUAAUGAUAACAAGAAUGACAUGAGCAGCAUGCGUUCAUUCAAGUAUUCUCCAAGAUAUCAGAUUACCUUUAGCCUUAUGAACAAUGAUCCGGAGCAUUUAUUGGUCGAUUGGGAUAUCCGUGAGGCAGUGAAAAGUUACAUGCAUCCAUUGCUAAAAGAGAUUUCCAUGGUGUCCAACUUUACGGUGGAUUCCCAGAUCCAAAAUUAUGCGUCAUUAUCGAUACCACCCUUUGAACGGGAGCGACCAGGGAAGCCAAGCUAUUAUUAUUAUGAACAGGGGCAGCUUUCACACUUUAUUAAUUCAGCCGAUUGGAACCUUGCAUCCACCAUUUCAUCCUAUCCAACUGUAAACUUCAUCCUUUAUAUACCAUCUCCCACACAACGCCUUUGGAUUCACGAUGUUCACAAUCGGCCUUUACCUGAUAACGCCUUUUUGAUUCCUCGGUGGGGAGGUGUGCUAAUCAAAAACCUGCCAAAAGCUCCAGAUGGACAUUACAGAUUGGACAAGCAAAAGCUACACUCUACCAUGCGUAUCUUUGUAUCGCAGCUACGCAGCCUUAUCGGAAUACAUGAGCAUGACUCUGUAGAGACAUCCGACACAAGCAUUACAUAUUCAACAUCACCGCACACUGGGAUUACUCUAUUGGAGAAGGACAACCUUAUUCGGCGGUGCACAGUGGAAAACAUUGCUAAUGCAGCCAAGACAUUGAAUUCGCUUGCUCAACUCGUGACAGAGAUUCCAAACAUGGUUGUUCUGGAGGAAAUCAAUACGCAAGUACGACAUUCUUUACGUGAUCUGGAACUUGGACGUGAAGCCCUAAGGAAUGCAGACUAUGAAUCGGCUCUCAAGCAUUCAAUACGCGCUACCAAACUAGCUGAAGAAGCAUUUUUCAAUCCUACUAUGGUGUCCAUGUUGUAUUUCCCUGAUGAACACAAGUACGCAAUUUAUAUGCCGCUUUUUGUGCCGAUAUCUGUACCUUUAGUCAUGGCAGUAUUAAAAGGAUUGAAACGAAAAGAGCCAAAAAAGAAAACAGAAUAA